AUGGAGCAAGGACAUUCCCUGUCCUGGUCGGACAUUCCUCCGUCCAACGAUGAUGAGUUCACCAACUUCCUCGAGUUCGGAAUGCAGUUCCCCGAGGUGGAUGGUCAAUCCCAAUCUGGCCAUCAUGCUUCUCGUCCCUUGACCCACGCUGUCACCAUGUCCAUGCCCGGCACAACUGCCCCUGCACCAGAGCAAUUGGUCCGCAUGGACACUGACGGCAUGACUGCGCCGGCAUCGUCGUACAGUCCCAUGAUGAACAACAACUUCGCCCUGGAUCUUGCCCAGCACGGACAGCAAGGUCAGCCACAUGGCGCGUCCUACUCUACCGCCCCGAUUACUCCCGCCUUCUAUGCACACAAACCACCUAUUUACCAUCAGCAUCCGCAUCCACCUGUGCCGGAACAGUCGCAUUCGUUAUCUCAAUCUGCACAGUCUAUGUCACAAUCCUAUGUCCCUCAAGGCAGGCUCGUCAUUCCUCCCACUCCGAACAGUAUCGAGUUUCAUGGAAAUGCUGCCACGUACCCGCAGCGAUUGGACGAGACCUGUGAAGCUUACGAACGAUUUGCGCGUGUGAAUGAUGAACAGGCCCUUUACACUCCGCUUGUCUCGCCCGCCAUGACACCGUUGGAGACUCAAUUCCGUCUUCCUGAAUACACUAUCCCCGGAGAGUACUUCACCCCCCUCACAUCGCCCGCGCUCGAGGCACAAAGCACAAGCUCCACCGGGUAUCCUUUCCAUUCCACUCAGAUGUCGGAGAUGGGGUUUGUCCCUUCACCCGCCGACAAUGCCCUUUCUAUGACGUCCAACCCGUCCUCGCCAGGGUUGAUGCGGAAACAUCGCCGGCAGCCCUCUAGCACAAAGUCGUUUUCGGCCCGCGCGAAAAAGCAACAGUCGCCCUCGGUUCGGCCGCAAACUCGCAAGAAGUCCUUGAUGAGCCUCAAUCCCGACGACGUCUUGAACAGCCUCAGUCAAGACCAGGCCGUGAUUGUGUCUCAGACAUCCGGUAGAAGCGGACUUCGUUAUGCCAGCAAUGAGAGCUCCGGCCAAGAUUCUGUUUCGCCCGAGCCUCUCUCCGAGCCCUUAAUGCCGCCGCCCGCUUUGCCUCCCUCGCGAAGAUCGCCCGCCAUCCGUCCUCAGCCGACUCGACCCUCUGAACCGAGUGAGCCCGCAACGCCCGCGAUGCUGAUGCGCAUUCAACGGUCGCCCCUCUCGGUCAGCCAAACUGUUCCACCAUCCCAACCCACCGUGUCGGAGCCCCAUGACGAUGUGAUGGAAGAUGUGAUUCUUCCCGAGGCCGCAACUUCGCUGACUCCUUUUGCGAGACCGCAAUUGGCCCGCAUUGAAACUACUGUCCAGACGGAUUCGGCUUUGUCCGCAACCCCAGGAAGUACAACCCCGGCCUUGGAGCCAAAGUCCGCUCCGGUAGCCAACCGAAACACCUCUCUAGCUCCCAGUCCUCGCUCAAUUGCUAUGCCAUCGCCGAGCGGCCCAUUGCCCAAGAAAUCGGACACGCCCAAACUGGGUCCGAUCGGGCGUAAGCGGCAGAGCUUAAGUUCUUCACAAGCUAGUCCUAGCCUGCGGCCGAAGAUCAGCCCCAGCAUCCAACCGCUAGUCCGUGGAGAUGCAAUGUCAAGUGAAACGUCGGCUCUGUACCUGGCCUCGAAGUCGAACUACCAGCACAUUCUGGAUGGCACCCUUUUGCCUGGCGUCUCAUAUCCCGAGACUUUGGCAGAGAAUCUUAGCUCAAAACGGACCAACCACAAGCUCGCCGAACAGGGACGGAGAAAUCGCAUCAAUAACGCACUCAAGGAGAUUGAGACACUGAUUCCGCCAUCUUUCGUGCAAAUGAAACAUGCCAAAGAGGCUGCUGCCUGUCAUAUCAAGGGGGCCGACAAAGAGAAAGAAAAGGCGAGCAAUCAACCGAUCAGCAAGGCGAGCACGGUGGAGAUGGCUAUCGAUUACAUCAAAACCCUACAGCAGGAGCUUGAAGAGACCAAGGGCAAGCUGGCUGCCGCAGAGAACCGUCUGGGAGACUCCGAGGUCAAGGUGGAACAGGCUUUUGCAACCACAGUUGCCGAAAAUGGGCCGGAAGUCCCAUCUGCAGCUGGAGCCGGCGAUCGUGACUAA